AUGGAGAUGAUCACAGAACUUGUCGUGAGAAAAAAUAAUCAUGACCAUGAAGCUGAACGUGGAAGGCUCAACACAGACUGCAAAAUCUUAAAUAAUGCUCUGAUUGUGAAGAGUGUAGCUUCACAAAGCAGUGACUUUAAGGAGAAAAAUCACAUUCAGGAUAAAGAACUAUUGCACGAAAAAACACAUUUUAUCACAAAGGAUGAUAAGUUAAUUUGUAUAACUAAAGAAUAUCAAGAAAGUAAUAGUGAUGACAAGGCAAAAACUGAACAUGCCAGACACCUUACUGAACCUUCGAUAAGAGAUUGUUGUAUACAAAAUAAGGAUUCAGAUCUCUGUGAGAACUCUUCCAUUUACAAUAAAGAGCCAGGAACUUUGGGACAACAAUCAGAAUUGUAUAUUCACAAUGCAUACCUUGUGUGUCCAUCUUCAAUAAUUUGUAAAGGUUCUGAGUCGGACAUAUUCAAGAAAGAAGGCACAUGUGGAAACAUGGAUCCAUAUCUGGAUAUUCAACCAUGUUUAACUAUACCUGCCCAAAGUCAGGAUAUUUCUGGAUCAUUAGAUGCUAGCUCCAAUAUAUUCCUGAUUGGUGGCAAAUGUUUAGAUAAAGAAUCAAAAUCCACUUCAAAUAUUAACACUAAUGAUAAUCCUGUGUCCAUACACGAUGAAAGCACUUUUCAAAUCAGUGAAUGUUAUAGAAGUAAGUCCAGUCAAAUGGAUGGAUGUGGAAAUGACUUUAUAUAUUCUGACUCAGUGGGGGUUGUUUCACCAAUAGCAAAGCUUGAAAAUUAUAACAUGUGCAAAGAACUAACAAAUGAAUCUGAGCAACCUGUAUUGCAGAAUGGAACAAGUCAAAAAGGUGUUGCCAAAAACUAUCAUAUUCCUCCAAACACUGCAGAAGAACAUGACCGGAAACAGUGUCGUUUUGAUGCUUCAAAAAAUAAAGUAUGCAACAAAAACAGAUCAACAUAUCAGUCAAUGCAGUGUACCGAGACAGCAGAAAAUGAAGCUCAUAAUAAUAAAGUAACAUUAAGCUUUCCAGAAACUAGCAGAUCUGCAAUUUGUCAACGAGAGGAACAAUUGCCUGUUGAACAGCCUGUAUUGCUUGAAUGCAAUUUAGAAAUCCGGUCAAAUCAAUUGGUACCCUUCAAUAAUAAAACUGAUGGCUCAGAUUGGCCUUCACAGGGAAUAGAAUAUAAAACAAAAAGUAUUGCUACUAAAUCUUUAAUAGCUACUCAUCAAGAUGCUAGUAUGUUCACAUUUGUAGACCAUGAGAAAAUGCAAAAUGAUGAACCAUCUCUCUUAGAAAGUCUUUGUUGGAACAGCACAGUCAACAAUACAAAAAACAUCAAUCAUGUCAAAUAUGUUGAAAGUAAAGUCACUUGUAAAAGAGAACAUGAUAUAAAUAAUGACCACAUGGGAGAUGAUAUCAGUGACAAGAGCAAUGAACAAAUAUGCAAACAAAUCUAUAAUUCUACAGAUAUACUCAUAUCUCCUGUUAGUUGUCCACCAAUUGAAAAUGAACAUUUCAAUUUUCAGUCAAGAACUGGCCAAACUUCAAAUUCUGAAACUGUGCUAAAUUUGAAAGACUAUUUUAUGGCACUUCAGUGCAAUGAUGAACCUAAAGUUGUUAAAUCAGAUAGCUUGCAAUCAUCCAUAUUAUGUUUGACAGAACAAAAUAUUUCUCCUUUAACAGAAAGGGAUCAACAAGGAAUGAGUAACAUAGAAGCUAAUAAUGUACUGAACAUCAUGGAAUAUGUUAACUAUCCUGAUCUAAAAGAACAAAAAACAUCGACAGUAUGUCCACCUGGCCAAUCUAUCAGCCUUCAGGAAAUACCCAGGCCAAUUCAGCGCUCAAUGGAACAUGUAGCAGAGGUUGAUAUGAAAGAUGAGUAUGGGAGAGUGCAAGAUGUCCAAACAAUUGUGAUAGACAGUUUGGAAUCUUCAUUAAUUGAUGGAUCAAACCUGGAUAUUACUCAAGGAUUUCAAUCCACACUUCAAAAUGAGAGCCAUUUUGAAUGUUUGUCACUACCAGUUGCAGAGGAAAUUAAAACCAUAGAUAAAAACCGUAACAUUGCUAUUAAUACAAUUGCAAAUUUUAAAUAUUCAGAAGAUCCUUCAACAUAUUUUGAUGGGACAAUGGCAUUUCCAGGCCCUGUUGAGAAGAACUCAGAAAAUCACAAUGUCACUUCUGCAGAGUGUGGCGGUGAAAUAGGUCAAGGCCACAUUAAUGACAAAAUGAGGACAACAGAAGCAUUUUCAAUCGGUUCAAUGAUGAAAGUCCCACCAGAAAGUGAACAGAUUAAGGAUUUAAGAACUAGAUCAGCAACAAUGGGUUUGAAUGAAAACACUCAAAAUGUGGAAUACUUGGAUGAUUGCAAGACAAAACCGAGUGAGGUUUCAAAAUGUUUUGUAACAAAUGUGGACAAAAUUGAAGCAAUACAAUCAAAAGAAUGGGAACUUAGGAACUACAAGGAAAAAGAAACUGCAGUUGUCGCUGAAGAACAUGAUAAAACUGUUCAAUAUAAUGAUCUUUUCCAAAUAACAGCUGUCGACAGCAUGGGAUCAAGCAUAAUCACUCAACCCAUGGUGGGUCAAAUAAUGAAUGCUGAGUCUAAUGCACGAGAAGAUUGCAGAGAUUGUAGCAAAAGACCUAGAGGAAAUAACCUUAACAAGGUUAACUACACAGCAACAGUGCCAGAUCAUCUACUGAAAUGCAUCAAAAUGGACACCGAAGCUGAAUGUAAAGGGAAUAUUUGCCAGGCAUUUACAUUGCCCAGCAAAAGUAAUCAAAAAUCUUCUACUGACUCGAAAAAUAAAAAUCCCCCACUGAUUUAUAAAAAGGAUAAAAACCAAACGGAACCCCCAAGUGGUCACGUAUCAUUGAAAGUAUCAUUUUAUGAGGGACAGAAGAAGAUUGUUGAUCCUAAACCAGCCAUUUCCUUACAAAUCAAGUCUUUAACCGAGAAGAGCAUUUCACCCACAUCAUCACUCAGUAAACAGCAGACUACAGCAGUUAGGAUUAAACAACCGUUAUCAGCAGCAUGGGGCAAAAAGCUGAUGUCAGGUGCACAGGAAAAAACAAGCUUCCUGAAGCCAUCAAUUAAGGCAGCUAUGGCCAGCACUGAGACUAUGAGUCUGGCUCCAUCUCUGAACAAUCAGCAGAAGGAGGAACCAGUCAAACGUAUAUGCCUGUCAGCUGACAAUGGGGGGAAGAGCACGUUAGAGAAACACAAACAGGCAUAUUCUCCAGCAGGAAAAGAGAACCUUAAUAAAAAUUUUGCUAUGAUGAAAAGAACGUAUGAAAAGACAAAGGAGGAGCUAACUCAUAAGAUGGAGCAAGCAGAGCUGAAAAAAGUAAAGCACCCUCAGACGGACAAUCACAAAGGGCAGAGCCUCGCUGAGUCAGUCAAUCCUAGUGACCUUCAUGCUUACCCUGAUUCAGUGGCAGGAGAGGCAAUUGAGUUGUUACAACCCGUAAUUGAAAAGGAGCUCACAAAUGAGUGCAAUUUUGAUGCCAAGAUGUGUGGCAGUAUUGCAACAGAAGAAUCACAUUUUGGUGAAGGAUUGCACCGAAAAGCAUUUCGGACCAAAGUUAUUUAUGGCCUUGUACCUCUGUUUGAUCCCGGACAUAACUGUGUCUUAAAAAUUCACAAUGUCAUUUUGCAUGGGACAAAAACAAACAGCGAGCUCACAAAACAGAACUAUAUAUUGGCAGUACAGGAAUGCCAUGUACAGAACGCUGCUCGGCAAUAUGGCAAUAUGUUUUCAGCAGAGGGGACAUUAUUAGAAGGCUUUGGGGAAGCACCUGAAGUCAUUCCCAUAUAUCUAAUUCAUCGCCCAGCAAACAGCAUCCCUUAUGCAACUAUAGAAGAGGAACUGAUAGGGGAGUUUAUUAAGUAUUCAGUGAAGGAUGGCAGAGAGCUGAAUGUUGGUAGAAAAGAAUCUGAAGUUGGUCAGAAAUGCUGUACAUUCCAGCACUGGGUGUAUCAGUGGACAGAAGGAAACCUCCUUGUCACAGAUAUGCAAGGUGUAGGAAUGAAAUUAACUGAUGUUGGAAUAGCAACUAGUAGAAAAGGAUACAAAGGGUUUAAAGGGAACUGUUCCAUUUCCUUUAUUGAUCAGUUCAAAGCUCUCCAUCAGUGUAAUAGGUACUGUAAAAUGAUGGGUUUGAAAUCUCUGAAAGUCUCUCAACAUAAGCCCAAGAGGAAUCCUUCAUUGAAGAUCCAAGCGUCACAACCAAUGCCACGGUCAACAAAGAAAAUGCCACUGAGUCCACAAAGCACAAGAAGAAGCCUUUCUUCUCAGGCAAAGAGCAUAUUUGGAGAUAAAACUUUACAGAAACAUCUAUAAGCCUUUAAAAUAUUAAUUUCUGCUGCAAUAAGAGCCUGUACCUUUUUUAGGUUGGUUAUAUGUCUAUCAUGAAUUUUUCUUUAUCAAACUUAUCAAUGCAAAGGAAAAAUUACAAGGGUAAAUUCAUUAAUUCCACACACCCAGGAGGCAUUGAAACCUGAAGGAAGCACAGGUGAAAGAAACUGCACUACACCAUUUUAGCUAUAUCUAGGAUCCAUGCUUUGUUCAAGUUCAAAUUCCCGGGGGCAUGAUGUGAGUAAAUGUACUCCCGCUAAUUCUAAAGUGCCUCAGUGGUAGAGAUAUGCAUUAGCAAAGUACUACAAUCUGAAUACAAGCAUGAUAAAGGUCCUUAUUACCUGCAUGGUAUCACGUCAAGACUCCAACCCCCCUCACUUUAUUGCUACCUGUCUUGCACUGUAUUAUGGUCUCUACUGUGGUCAGUGCUCUGCUGAGCUUUAUUUUUUUGCUCCUUCAAGCUCCUAAUGUGCCAUACUGCAUAUCCCUCCUGCACCCAGCAUCCUCCUUGCAUUGAAGUAAAGAUUCAUUGUAUUUUCCAUUAUACCCAUUAUAUUCCAUUAUUUCCAUUCUAUUUUUCUUCAAAAUGCUGGAACUUCUCUUUCCCUCAACCUUCCUGUCUUUUUAUGUAUUUUAAAAUCUCAAGCUUGGUUUCAUCUAAUUAUUACUUCUUGGUUUAUCUUCUAUCCUACUUUUAUUCUGCUUUUUUGGUGCCCUGAAGUUUGGAACUUGUCGCUUCACUUAGAUUUCUUAAAGUAAAAAAAAUGGCAAAGCCAACUCUACCUGUGACUGCGUUUUAAAUGAAUGUAAUCCAAUUGUAAGGUUAUCUGUCUAUUUAAAUAUUGGUGUUCCCCAGAAACAUAUAAUAAAACCUUAACCUUAUGCUAUGUA